CCCCUAAACUCUCUCAUGUUCCUCCAACUGCUGAAGUCACCUCUUGCCCAGGCUUUGGAAAGGCUCAGGUAAGAAGGAGGAGGCACAUGUGUGUGACUGUCACCAUUGGGCAGUAGCCCUCAAGCAAGUGGUGGCCAUGCCAAGAUCACUGGCAUGAUGCUGAGGACGCACUGUGCACAUGACUCACUCUUUCUGCUACAGUCACAUCCUAGUCCGUCUCAGCAGCUGGGCUUCUCUGUGGGAAGGGGCAGUAAAGGUCUCUUCCUUCCUGUUACUCCUGGAUUGUUUCCAGUACAGCUAAGGAAUGACAGAGCAACAGCCAGCAGGGUGGCCCUGUAGCCGCAUGGCGUGUCAUGAGUUCUGUGCGCUGCAGGGGCCUCGUCUCCACUGAGUUGUAUGUACUAACAGAUCUGCAGCAUGGCACUGCCUUCCCUCACCUGUGCCGAACACUUUUCAGCACUGGCACGUGUGCCGCUCCUAAAAAGCAGGCCAGCUUUCGACACAAGCUUCGAAACCCAUCAGCCUUGCAGUUCACUUCCAGCCAUUACUCUUCAAUUAAGUGUUCAAAAAUAGAAACUGAGAAAGAGCUGCCUCUGCCCAUCCUCAUUUUGCUAAAUACUAUCUAGGACAGAUAAUGAACUAUGCAAAUUACCCCUAAGAAAGAACACAUUCACAAGUCUCUCUGUCUCUGUCUGUCUCUCUCUCUCUAACUCACACACACACACACUUUUAAAACAUUUCAUUUAGAUGAAUCUUAUGACAAUUCAGGGUAAAAAUGGAGCCAUUUGGGCUAAGGAAAUCCUUUGCCGUUGGUGUUUGAAGAUAAGCUCAUCCUUGCAUGGUAGUCACCAGUGUCCUGUAACAUGCAUGGUCCUCAGAUGCCGCUCACAGCUGGGGCAGGUCGCCUCCCUUAGCUCAGUAGAUCGGCCUCUUCCUAGCAAGGGUGAGCAGAGGAGCCACACUGACACUGCCGCUUAAAGCUAAUAUUCACUCUUCCUGCUAGAAGGAAGGGCUGCGAGCCCAGGAAGGGCUGCUGUAGCUAAACUACCUCCAAUGAAAACACCUUGGGAAAAGCCAAGAGCGCUGUGCUCGACGCUAUCAGCUCAGAGGAAAAGAAAUCCCUUUUAAGGAAAACUUGUAACUUCAAUGGGCUGCUCUUCUGCCAGAACCUUCAGGCCCUCUGAAUGUAAGCCUAACCACAGAUGGCUUCGAGUAAGUCUGGAUCCUAACACCCGCCCUCCCCACCCCGAGCUUCAGCACCAGUUGUUGGCCAAAAAUAAACACCAUUCCUCAACCAUAUAUGUCCACCAGUCCUGGUCUGGGGAGGAAGCAGGAGGCAGGUCAGACCCUUGCUGGGCACUCACGGCAGGCCACCACUUACCAUGCACAUAACCCAGCUCAAUCGGGAGUGUCUGCUGUGCCUCUUUUCCUUCCUGGACAAGGACAGCCGGAAGAGCCUCUCCAGGACUUGCUCCCAGCUCCGAGAUGUGUUUGAGGACCCCACCCUCUGGCCUCUGCUGCACUUCCACUCCCUCGCAGAGCUCAAGAAAGACAACUUCCGGCUGAGUCCUGCGCUGCGCAGCCUGUCCAUCUGUUGGCAUUCCAGCCGUGUGCAGGUGUGCAGCAUCGAGGACUGGCUCAAGAGCGCCCUCCAGAGGAGCAUCUGCAGCCAGCACGAGAGCCUGGUUAAUGAUUUCCUCCUGCAGGUGUGCAACAGGUGCCCUAACCUGACGUCUGUCACACUUUCGGGCUGCGGCCACGUCACGGACGACUGCCUGGCGCACUUGCUGCUCAGCUGCCCGCGCCUGCGUACGCUGCGCCUCGAGAACUGCGCGCGCGUUACCAACCGCACGCUGGCGGCCGUGGCCGCGCACGGGCGCGCGCUGCAGACACUGCACGUGGACUUUUGCCGCAACGUGAGCGCCGCCGGCCUGCUCCGCCUACGCGCCGCUUGUCCAAACCUGAUCCUGAGCGCCGAACACAGCGCGGCCAUGAUUCCCGAUCAGCCGCCGCGCGCGCGCGUGUGCGCUGCCUCAGUUUUCUCGGCUGCACCGGGGAGACAAAGCGUGCGUCACCCCACGGGUUCCUAUUGAGGAUGCGGGCGCUAUUAAAUGAGGAUGCGUGUAAAACACUCUGUGUUUCUCUUUAAACGUCUGCCACGCCCCCCGCGGCUCCUGUCGCGCGCGCUUACUGGCCCUAGCGGCGGGGCUGCGCACUAGACUGGCGAGGAACCUCCGAAUAGCUGGAGGAAGGACCUGAAGCGAGCGCCUCCCUAGCGGCCAGACCGUGCAAGAUGCACAAGCCAUUCUGGAAAACUCACUUUUCCAGGAAAAAAAAUGCAUCACUUUUAGAAAGCCAGUAUUUAAAGAUAAAAGUAGUAGCCCUAGUUAAAAGUGCUUACAUUGCCGGACACUUAGAUUGUGGCGCACGCCUUUAAUCCCAACACUUGGGAGGCAGAGGCAGGCGGAUUUCUGAGUUCGAGGCCAGCCUAAUCUACAGAGUGAGUUCCAGGACAGCCAGGGCUACACAGAGAAACCCUGUCUCGAGGGGAAAAAAAAGUUCUUAGAUAUGGAACCAUUACUAGUUGAUUUAAAAAAAAUGAGACUAGGUUUUCUGGCCAUGAGUCUGGACUUCCAGGCCAACUUCACUUUAGUGGUCGAGUCCCUGUGGACAGGGCCCUCUCUUCACCCAGCGGCCUCCCUCUCUAGACAGGGGAGGGGGAGGGGCAAGCUGGCUAAAUGAAUACAGGGUGGGCAAGCUCAGCAGGGCUUCUCCAGCUGUCGGCUGUAAUCAAGACUCCAUUUAUCUGCAGCCAGGUUUUUUCAGUUUUCUGUGAAAUGGUUUCCCGAUCCCUACUCACAGGUUCCUUAAUUUAUUGCCCAAAUGGAAAACAAGGGAAAGCCAAAUUCUGUUCUGUUCCCAUGGAGCCUCUAUUCUAGGGUGACAGUAAUUAGUACAAAUGAA